AUGUUCGAGCGCGCAUUCCUUCUGGAGGGUUCGAGAGGGCCCAGUCAUCAUCGUGCGGGCCACCGCAGUGCAACAGCGGCUCGCAGCCACCUCCUCGCAGUCGCCAGGGCAUCGCGAGGCUUCGCGAAGCCCCACCCCGCCUGGCUGCACUGUUGCCCGACCCUCGUCGAUGCACGCCAGCCCACCGCGGUGAAGGAUGGUGCUGCGGUCGUCGCACCGGCCACUGAGGUGCAACGAUGGCACGAAGCCCCCGCCACAUGUUUGUCACGGCUCCGCGAACCACCAGCCUACCUCUUGGAACUCACCGCCAAUGCUCCUUGA